ACGCAGAGGCGCAGACUGUGCUGUUUGGGGGCGCACGGCUGGAGCGGCGCGUCCGACACAACAAGUCAGCGACAGGACUUAGACAGCCGCUGUGAGGAUGAUGUCCUAUAUAAAGCAACCCCAUUACACCAUGAACGGGUUAAAUUUGCCUGCGCCCGGGAUGGACGUGCUGCACACGACCGUCGCGUAUCCCUCCACUCCGCGGAAGCAGCGGAGGGAGCGCACCACUUUCACCAGGACUCAGCUGGACAUCCUGGAGGCCCUGUUCUCCAAAACGCGCUACCCCGACAUCUUCAUGAGGGAGGAGGUGGCACUCAAGAUCAACCUACCAGAGUCACGGGUGCAGGUGUGGUUUAAAAACCGCCGUGCCAAAUGCCGUCAGCAGCAGCAGCAGAGCACAGGACAGUCCAAGCCCCGCCCUCCUAAAAAGAAGUCAUCUCCACCUCAGGAGCCCAUUGUUCCAGAGCCCCUCCAGAACCCGGUGGGCUCCUACAGCCCCUCCUCUGCCCAGUCGGGGCCCACCCUGGCCCCCAGCUCCAGCACAGGGAACACUUCCGUGUCCAUCUGGAGUCCGGCCAUCUCGCCCCUCCCUGACCCCCUGGCCUCAGGUGCCCCAUGCAUGCAGCGGCCCUCUCCUUACCCCAUGAGCUACGGGCAGCCCUCCUACAGCCAGGGGUACGCCAGCACCACCUCCUACUUCACAGGCCUGGACUGCAGUGCCUACUUGUCCCCCAUGCACUCGCAGCUGUCGGGCACCGGGGGAGCCCUCAGCCCCAUCACGGUGCCCUCUAUGGGGGGCUCUCUGAGCCAGUCCCCGGCCUCUCUGUCCUCACAGGGCUACAGCACGGCCUCUUCUCUGGGCUUCACCUCCGUCGACUGCCUGGACUACAAAGACCAGCAGGCCUGGAAACUGGGCUUCACCACCAUGGACUGUCUGGACCACAAAGACCAGAACUCCUGGAAGUUCCAAGUCCUGUAGAGCCAAAAACAAGUGUCAACAUUUCUCUGAAUCGGCCCUGUGCCAGCAGAGGUGUGCUCCUGGGUUAUCAUUUUAAUGUAGUAUUUUUUUCUAUCUGUUCCUCUGUAGAGAUGCAUUUAGUUACAUGGUUUUAAAGAUGAAGGGACCAAUGCCUACAUCCUCACCCUUUGUAUGAUAGAAACAAACGCCUUUGACAGUGUGUACAGACUGUGGACAUGCACUGAGCCCUCCUGUCUCUGACAGUGACAGUACAACAGUGUAUUCAACAUAAUA